AUGCAGCAGUACAACUACGGCAAGAUGAGAGUGGUCCGGGAGCUGACGGACAACUUCUUUGACGGCAGCAUCAGCUAUGGCGGGACCCGAUUCCAGAAUGAGACGGUGCGGCUGACUGACGAGGAGUUGAAGCAGAUCCCCGGCUCCGAGAUUCUCAAAUCCGCUGACAGCCUGCCGCUGCAAGUUCUUGUUCGAGAAGGGGUCAAUAUGGUUGUUCACCCAGACUAUGUGCGGAAGUGGGGCAAUUGUGGUGGCGAGCUGGGUCAGGAGCAACUGGCCUUGUAUCACCCCUCCAAAAAUCGGUACAAGAAGCUGGUGGCUGAGCAUGAGAAGAGCCACCAGCUGCUGCUGAAGGACAUCAUCAGCAACAACAGCGGCACUACCCUUACCCCGAACAGAACGUUGAACCCGCAGACUCACGAGACUGAUGCGGGUGAACCCAACCGAGCGGAGCCACCGCCUGCUGCACUUCCGGAGACCUCCAAGACCUAUGAGUCUGAGGAAGCGAUGAUCAACGGAGAAAGCUCUGCCAUCAACUUUCGGGUUGCUUCCGAGAUCCAAGGCGUGGAGCUCGUGCGGCUCCAGAAUGGCAAGUCUUUCAUCGUGCCGGACAAGGACAAGGUCAUUGCCAAAUGGACAUGUGUGGGAGGGUACGGAACAGGGAGGUACGUUCCCGAAGAUGCGCCCGACCACGGGGUUCCGGUCCUGUGGCCGCAAGGAGACGAGACACCCGUGCAGAUCGACAUGUCCUCCGUCGAUCCGAAUGCCGCUUCCACAUGUGUUGAAACGAUGACGUUGUACAAGUACUUGGUGCUCUUAGAGCGCCAGAAGCGAGUUUCGACUUACACCUUAUCGUACUCCGCGGUGGAGCGCAUCACAGCCGACAACUCGGACACCUUCAAAAUUGAGCCCAAGGACUUGCACAAGUACAAACCGGUACCGGACCCGGCGAAGGCAGUCACAUGCAAAGGGUUUUUUGGGGAUUGCGAGCAGACGGUGGCGGACUCGAGCAUUGUGAGGACAGUGUUCCGCUUCCGGUUCGAACGCGUUCACGGAUGCAGUAAAGUGCAAAAACCAUACGUGGUGACCACCCGUGCGAUUUCAUUGAGGAAGGGCUGCCCCCUGGCCAUCUAG